AUGAAAAAUUGUAAAAACCUUAAAGUUGGUUUUGAGGAAGUGGCUGAACAACUUGAAAUUGAACGUAUUGGUCCACAACAUCAAGCUGGUAGUAAUAGUUUAAUGACAGGUUUAGCAUUUUUUAAAAUGAAAGUAUUAUUUUUCGAAGAUUCUAUUGAUGAAGGAAAAUAUUCCGAACAUGUAUAUGGUCUUGGACAUUCAGCAUUUCCAGCUGAUGAAUUUGUUUAUGAAAAUAAUCCUGUGAAUGUAGUUGAAAAGAAAAGUCGAUAA